AGGCUCCGUGAAGAAGGAGAGCGGGCUGUACCACCCGCCGCGUUCCGGGGGGGUGGCUGCGUGAGGAAGGCACCACCCGGCGCGUUCCCCGGGGGGGGGCGGGUUGUGAGGGGCUCUGACAGGAGCCGGGGGGCCGCGGGCGAUGGCGCAGCGCCUGGCCGAGCUGGUGGAGGAGCUCACCACAGCCGGGGAGCCGCAGCUGGAGCCGGGCAGGCUGAAGGAGCUGAAGAAAAUCUGCAAGUCUUCGGAUGACCACAUCGGCCAUGCCUACCACCUGCUGCUGACCAGGCUGAGGGAGCCGCACGCCCAGGUGCGCCUGUCGGCCUUCCAGGCGCUGCGGGAGCUCUUCGCUAGGUCCCACCGGUUCCGCACGCUGCUCCUCGCCGACUUCCAGGAGUUCCUGGAGCUGACGGUGGGCACCGAGCACCGGCAGCCCCUGCCGCCGCCCGCCGAGGUGGCACAGAAGCUGAGGAAGGCUGCCCUGCACUGCGUGCAGGACUGGCACGACAAGUACGGCGAGGCCUACAAGAAGCUGGCGCUGGGGUACCACUAUCUGAGGCAGAACAAGAAGGUGGAUUUUCAAGAUGUGCAUGCCAGAACCGUGGCUGAAAGGCAGAGGGAAGAGGAGAAGCAGAAACGAUUGGAUAACAUUUACAAAGAAAAAGCCAAAAGAGCUGAAAAAGAAAUGGCAGAAAUGUCCCAAGAGAUUGCUGAAACACUGACAGAGAUGGAAAACUGUUUCCGGCUUCUGUUGCCAGAUCCUUUCGAGUUCACUGUGAAUGACACAACUCCAGAACCCCACAAAGAAAUGACUGCUAAUGAGGAUAGUCCUGCACCCGCCCUGGCCUCCCAGACAGACGUUACCCAGUCAUAUGUCGGAUUCGUGGAUGAUGAACAGCCGUGCUGCAGCAAGGACAUUCUUUCUGCUUCUCAGGGUGUUAGAACUGAGAAAAAUGAAGACUUAGAUGACAAACAGGAGACACCUGAACAAAAAGAAUUAGAUGGAGGCACAUCCUUGGGAGUUGAAUCUGGUGCCCUUGCUUUCCACGAUGAUGAUUACGAAACUUUUGUUAGGAACCAUGGGCUUAUUUCUCAUAAAUAUACUCUAGACCUUGAAAUCUCCACAGAUUUAAAAGUGCAUGAGAAUGAAGACAAUACUGCCGUAAUAAACAAUGUUGUGGAUGCUCACAAACUCCUCAGAAAUAAGUUCUUGCCUUCUGUGCAGUCCUGGAUUCAGUUAUUUACCAGAGCAGGGAUAAAUGAUGAUCGUCUGAGAUGUGCCAUUGAUCUGAAGAAUAAACUGGAGACUGCUAUGAAGAAAUACAAGGAAAUGAACAUUUGCUUUAAAGAGAGAAAAGUGAUGAAAGCCUCAGAUGAUGAUGACGAUGAUGACGAAGAUGAAUUUGUGGAGGUCCCUGAGAAGGAAGGUUAUGAGCCCCACAUUCCAGACCACCUGCGUAAGGAAUAUGGGCUAGAGCCUCAGUCACCCCCAAAAGCACCAGCGAGGAAGACACCAGCAGGACCAGCUCCAGCCAGCUCCCGAGCCCAGCUGAAAGGGAAUGAAGAUGAACUGGACCCAACCUGUGCAGCUGCAACACUGAAACUCAUCAGAGACAAACUACCGAAGUUAACACCUCCUCAUGCCAGCGAGUCUGCAUCUACUGAGCCAGCAGCUUCAGAAGAGCCUGACAGUAAGAGAAGAAAACUAGAAGAGGAAAGAGCUAAAGCUCCCCUCAUGCCUUUUGGGUUAGAUCUUCACUACUGGGGACAGGAUCAGCCAAGCGCUGGGAAGAUUCUCAAAUUUUCUUCUGAGCAUCGAUUUUGGGCACCCAGUGAAGUAGAGGAAGAAGUGGAAAAUAACGAAAUAGCUGAAAUGUUAAAAACUAGAUAUAUAACAUUUGCUGGCAAGUUUGAACCAGUGAAGCAUAAAUGUCGAGCACCAAUGCCUAAUGGAAGUCUGUGCGAAAGACAAGAUCGGAUUAAGUGCCCUUUCCACGGAAAGAUAAUUCCUCGGGAUGAGCGUGGGAUUCCUGUUAAUGCAGAGGACAGAGACAGAGAAGAAAAGAUGCGGUUUGAGAAGCAAGCAGCUCAGCCAGAGUGGCGAGAUCCAGAAUUCAUGAGAGAAGUUGAAGCAGCUACAGGAGUGGAUCUCAGUUCCUCUAAAAAUGAUGGGAAAGGAGGGAAAAAGAAAGGGAAGAGGAAAAAAUACCCCAAUCUGACAGACCUGAAGCAGCAGGCCAACACUUCUCGUUCACGGCUUGAGAAGAAAGUCUUGAAUAAAGGUGCUGUGAAAAGGGUGGUGAAAGCAAUGAAUCAAAUGGACCAAAGGAAGCAUGAGAAGUUUGCCAACCAGUUUAACUAUGCACUGAAUUAAAUUGUAAUAAAACAAAGGGGAAGACAACUAACAAGAUUACAACUGCACAAAACCUUUAGCGCAGGCCUUCACCUUUAAACUAAAAUAUGGUGCUGUAUGUAUUUUUACUGGGGUUAUUUUUUAAAUUAUUUUCAACUUCUAAUAUAUUUUAUAAUUAACAUGAAUUUUGCAAAGAUAUGGUGGUAUAUCAUUGAAUGCAUUUAACAAGUUGAUAAUUACUUAAAAUGUACAUGAAAUAGAACUUAUUUUAUGAUUUGCACAUACUCUGAAUAAAAUGGUCAGUUUUUUUUUUUUCCUUC